UUAAAAAGUUUGCCAAUUGUUCUUUCACUAACCAUAAUUAAAAAAACUCAUCAGUUAUUUUUUCAUAUUUUUUAUCACCACGCUCAUCUAGCUCUUCUUAGGAAUGGAAGUCGAACCUGCAUUCGAGUGUACUCAACCUGACCAAAGCAUGUAAAAUUCAUUUGUAGCUGUGCUCAUAAACUCAUGAAUACCCAUACACCCACAGUUACUGUUGGGGUGUAAAUAUGACAUAGCCCAACCGAACAAUAAAUAUGGUCUGCCAAGCACAUAUGGACCCAAGCCCACGAAAUACCAUGAGACCCAGUUGAAACCCAACAAAUUAUCACAAUGCUUUACCUAUAAAUAUGCUUAUAUGCUUCCAAGUAAGGGAUUUCUUCUUCUCCUCUACUCAUUUUGACAUAUCACUUCUCUUUCUACACUAUAUCUCUCUACCUUCGUUCUCUCUAUUUCAUAUCAUAAUACUAAUGUUGAUCGUCUAAGUAUAGAUACACGGGACAUCCCCCCUCACAAAUCGACGAUCACCUUGUUUCUUGGCUGAAACAAUUGCCUUCUAAAUCAAAUUUUCUCUUCCAAAACGCAUACAUAUUUUACAAUAUUUUUUGGAGAAUGCAGUCACUAAGCUUUGGGGUCAAAUUUUUAAAAACCCGACCCACUAUAAUUCCUACCUUUUCCAACUCCAUCACCUUCCAUAUUCCUUACAGCAGCGUUACUCCUCAUCCCUAAUUGAAACCAACUAAUAACUCAAUCCAUUUCAAUCUCAACUCUGCUAUCAUGAUUACAUUGUUACUCAAACAAAAAUAAAAAGUGACAACCCACUCAAAGUCGACUUCAACCACUUUAUCACUCUUAGGAAUGGAAGUUUGAUACAGAUAUUUGGGAUAAAUCGAAAAUCACAUAAAAUUUAUCACUAUUUGAUAUUUUCGAAUGCCAAAUUAUAAUUUAGAGAUUGAGAUUGAGAUUAAUUUUGGGGUGUUAUUUGGUAUGUGGAAUUAGAAUCGUUAUAUUCCGGAAUAACAAAAAAUACCAAAAAUUUACAUUUAAUCAAACUCACAACGUAAGGUCAUUCCUCACUCUUUGACAACUCGCAAGCCCCCCAUCCAAACUAUGAUUGGGACAUGUCUACUUUCAUUUUCAUUUCCUGUGAUAGUGGCAACCGUCAACAAAAAAACAGAACCUGAUAGAAACGAAGCUACUGUUUCUGAUGACUCGGUAUUUGCACAUGUUUUCCCCUUUGUUUCUUGAUUGUUUGAGCUUGAAUUAUUGCGUCUUUGGCCUAUUUUAUGCUAGGUUGUGUUCCUUUGUCCCAUUUCAGGUCCUAGCACAUAAAGUGAAGCAUAGGCGCAAGCUUCAAGUCAAUCAGAGAUCAAUUGACGAUUCGAGAGAAGAAACUCGGGCAUGACCUGAAGAAGAAUGGAUUUCUACCUCACUUUAUGGACAAAGAAUCAUGCAAGCUUGUUAUGAAACGAAAGAGGACGAGACUACGAGCGUCUGGGAUCAAACGGCGAUUGAUUCGGAGUCCGGACGAGGGAGAAACGAAGCAUUAAACAGAGGCUGAGCAAGCUGCACGGGCAGACCAGGGAGGCUGCACGGCCGUGCACGUGAGCAAUAUGGCCGUGCGCCUUAUGCCGAGGACACGCACGGGCAACCCCUGAAGCUCGCACGGCCGUGCACCCUGGCCGUGCGAGAGGGCUGAAGUUCGACUAAAUGACACGCUGCGUUUUGAGUUGCACGGCCAGAAUGGUGAUAUGCACGGCCGUGCACCCUGGCCGUGCGAGUCAGGAUUUCCUGGUUUUAAGCCAAAUUCCGAACCAAAGAAGAGGGAGCUGGGUUUUGGAUCCCAAACACCCAAGGGACGAACCAAAGAGAGAGAGGGCGAUUUGAGGGCAUUCUUGGAGUGGAGUUGGAGGAUUUCUUCGCCUUGGAAGCUCGAGGAACAAGCCCGGACUUGAAGACUGAUCAUCUGAAGAUUCUUACUGCAGUCUCUCUCUUCUCUAUGGAGUAACUUCCCUUCACUUAGGUUUUGAGGAACCCUAGCUAUGUUUGUUUGAUUGGAUGAUUGUAUGAGUACUCUGACUGGAUAAUCUUGAGUUCAUAUUCAAUCUAUGCAUGUUUUCAUGAUUCAAUUCUGCUUUAGUCGAGAUUAUUGAUUCUGCUUUGAUCCUAUGAGAGGGAAUACCUGAUUAGGUCAAUAGAGCACCAUAGAUUGAUAGUAGUGGAUCGAUUACUUUAGUCGAGGGUUGAUUCACUGCUUUGUAUCGAUUGAGAACCUCUUUCGAUAGAGGGAGUCUAGUUCAGAACGCCUUGAUCAGUUGUUCUAGAGAAGGAUACGUCCCUCUAGGCAAUUGACUCAAGAGGGCCUUGUUCCUUUAGUCGAGACUCAAGGUCUAGUCAAGGAUUCUCCGCAUUGUGAAUGAAAGUGAAACAAGUUAGAAAUUAUCAAUCGUUAGUCUGGCUAGUGGUUAGGGGGAAUCAUACCUAAGUGAGUUCCCAACCUGUAAUUAGAUUAACUUUAACUGUAGUUUGCUAGAGUAGUUUUAGUUCUUUCAUCUUAAUUUGGUUUGCUAAAUAAUAAACUGAAGCUGAGUAAUAGUAACUCUAGAGACCCGUGGAUUCGAUAUUUAUCACUUGAGCCACUAUACUGCAGUCCCUUCCAUUGGUUACACUUGGCCAUUGUUAGGUGUUGUGUCGUAGCGAGUCAAGUUUUUGGCGCCGUUGCCGGGGACUUUCUAGAGUAUUAGGAAAGGCAGAAGUUUGUUACUUUAGCGUUUUUCUUUUCUUUUCUUUUCCACCCUUGCUUUUCACUUGGGUGUUUUUGUUUUUGUUGGUGCAGAUCUGAAUCAUGGAUCCUAAUGGCUUCUCCAAUCAUUGGGGGUAUCCACCACCAUCUGGGUGGUAUUACCCCGAGACUCCCUGGAGCAAUCAAGGCGGAGAAGACUAUGGAUUCGGGUUCCAGUACCAACCCCCUUACUACGGAGAACAACCGGACCCCUGGGCAUAUCAAGAACAACCUCAUUAUCAAGAAGAAUUUCUCCCACAACCAGAAGGGCCAUCGGCACUGGAGUUACUCAUGGAGCAGUAUGCUCGAGACUGUGAGAGAACAUGCUCCAGGAUGGAUCAGUGUGUCCAGGCCUAUCGUGAAACAGAUGAGAUCCUCCUGAGCCUUAAGAAGAGCGUCGAUGAUCUUGAGCGAUCUUGGGCGCAACCUGCUCCAGAUCACCCUUCUGCUACCAUACAAGAAGAUGAGGAGGAAGAAGAAGGCUACAAGGACAUUGUGGAGCACACUGAACUUGUCACGGAGAGCUCCCGUGAUGAUCAUGAUCAGGAGUGUCCUGUCGUAGCCGACCACACCUUCCCACACCCCAAACUGAGCUUUGAAGAGGCGGGCAUGAGUGAGGAGAUGCAAGAAGAUCUCAUGAAAGAAAUUGCUUGGCAACUUGCUCUCCAAUCCGUGCUAGAAGAAGAAGAGCAAGAAAGGGUGCAGAAAGAAGUUGUGGAGGAUGACGAAAGUGAAGCAGGAGGAGUUCUUGAUCAUUUCCCAGGGGUGAUACCACACGAACAAGUAAGGGAGGUUGAAGAAGCAAUUGGCGUCCAGGCUGAGGACGGAGUUAAGGUGGAAGAGGCAUGCACCGGCCAUGAGUUACAUGUGAUAUCUCCACCAAACUUUGAGGACCUGCUUGGCAAGGACCCAUUUGCAGUGUCUCUUUGCCAGACCAAGGCCACCUCGACAUCGGUCCCUCUUGGUGGACGCGAUGGUGGCCAAUCGAUGCUGUCUUAUCUGGUUUGGGGCAAUGAGACGAGAGAAGAGAAGAAGAGGUCUCGAGGGUGGAGACUUCAUCUGCAUCAAGUACAUGAGCCUUCAUCACCUGCCACACCACAUGCUCGUGACUUGAGACUCCACCUCAUCGACGAGAACCUCAACUUCAAGGAGGUUCUAGCAUGGACCGAAACUUAGGAGCCAUCGUCCGGCUCACGACGUGAAAGAAGCGCUUGUUGGGAGGCAACCCAACCAGUCGGUUUGCAUCUCUUUCUCUAUUUCUCCUCGGUUGAGUCAGUUUUGUUAUUUGAUUUUAGAGUCAAUAACUCAACCUUUGUGAGAUUUUGUGUGGUGUUUGUGUUCUGAUUACUCUCUCUUUCUGGAAUGCACCGCCUGACCCGUACAUCAUCAUUCACCCUUGAUCUGGUAACUUCGUUCUACCCUCCUUAUCUUUCCUCCAUUGAGGACAAUGUCGUGCUUAAGUGUGGGGGGGUGUUCGAUUAUGUAUGCGGGUGAAUGUUUGGCUGUUUGUGUGCUUGGAGCCUAGUCCACUGUCCAAAUUUUUAAAUUUGAGGGCUCCAAGUACGUGUUCCAUGCAAUUGCCUGCUCAGUAUGCUUUGAAUUGACAGUCUUUACAGUAAUAUGCAACCUAGGGAGGUAGUGUAGCACUAUGGAGGAUGUUGAUGCAUUUAAGAAGUCUCAUUUCUUCUUCAUAUAAAGUUGGUUGAUUGAG